GGGCCUGAGAGGGAAGAUGCUAGCUGCGGGCGUGAGAGGGAAGAUGCUAGCUGCGGGCCUGAGAGGGAAGAUGCUAGCUGCGGGCCUGAGAGGGAAGAUGCUAGCUGCAGGCGUGAGAGAGAAGAUGCUAGCUGUGGGCCUGAGAGGGAAGAUGCUAGCUGCAGGCGUGAGAGGGAAGAUGCUAGCUGUGGGCCUGAGAGGGAAGAUGCUAGCUGCAGGCGUGAGAGGGAAGAUGCUAGCUGCGGGCCUGAGAGGGAAGAUGCUAGCUGCAGGCCUAAGAGGGAAGAUGCUAGCUGCAGGCGUGAGAGGGAAGAUGCUAGCUGCGGGCGUGAGAGAGAAGAUGCUAGCUGCGGGCCUGAGAGGGAAGAUGCUAGCUGCGGGCCUGAGAGGGAAGAUGCUAGCUGCGGGCCUGAGAGGGAAGAUGCUAGCUGCGGGCCUGAGAGGGAAGAUGCUAGCUGCGGGCGUGAGAGAGAAGAUGCUAGCUGCGGGCCUGAGAGGGAAGAUGCUAGCUGCGGGCCUGAGAGGGAAGAUGCUAGCUGCGGGCGUGAGAGAGAAGAUGCUAGCUGCGGGCGUGAGAGAGAAGAUGCUAGCUGCGGGCGUGAGAGGGAAGAUGCUAGCUGCGGGAGUGAGAGGGAAGAUGCUAGCUGCGGGCGUGAGAGGGAAGAUGGUAGCUGCGGGUCGUUGUAUCGGGAUUUCCUUUACUUUCAUCACCUCUGAGUAGGGGGAUGAUGCGAC